AAAAGCCUGACAAUGUUUCGUGCUAGCUGGGAAAGUUCAUUGACAAAAAUAAUGAAAAAUAUUGCUAAGACAUACGUUUAAAAAACCAUAGUCCGAAGGGUUCCAAAAGCCUCAUACUUCAAAUUAAAAACUAAAAUAGGAGCUUGAAUGUCUUAAGCUUAGUUUACUUUGCGAAAGUUUGCCUAUACAUUUUGAACCGGUUUAUUAAAAUACCCUCGAUGAGAAUACCUAAUAAUUUAAAAAUAACCAAAAACAUUCUAAUUAGUAGUUGUUUGACCUUAUCGCAACAACAAUGCAAAUUCCAAAAAAAAGUUAUUGCAAAUAAAUCAGAGGAGUACCAAAUACAUUUUAAAGCUUAUAUGUAACAUUAAUAAUACCCGCCUCUGAUUUGAAUCUUUAAUGUGCCAUUCUCUUAUAAUUUAGUCUCUGACAUCCAGUUUUUAAAAGAUUAUUCAAUCUUUGUUUGUGUUGGACCAAUAAAUGAUGAAGCUGUAAGUAAAAACCCAAAGUUAACCAAUUGAAUAACUCAAAAAUUUCCUUUAGGGAAGCGGAAAUCAAAUUUUAUUUGGGUGAAACUCAACAUACAGUUAAUUCUAGCAAUGUCACCCCUCAAACCACCCUCACUAGUUAUCUCAGAGACAAGCUCCACUUUACAGCGACGAAAAAAAUGUGCCUGGAAGGCGGUUGUGGUGCUUGCAUAGUGGCAGUAGAAGUACUAGAAGCAGAUGGCACCAAAAAAGUCUUUGCAGUCAAUUCAUGUUUGGUCUCAAUUUUCUCUUGCCACGGCUGGAAAAUUUUGACCAACGAAGGCAUCGGGAAUCCGUUGAUCGGCUACCACGCCAUCCAGAAGCUUUUGGUCGAAAAUAACGGCACUCAGUGCGGAUUCUGUUCUUGUGGCAUGGUGAUGAGCAUGUACGCUUUGCACGAGUCCGGACCGAAAACCCGAGCCGAAAUUGAAAACUCUUUUGGAAGCAAUUUGUGCCGUUGCACCGGUUAUCGACCAAUUUUGACUGCUUUCAAAAAACUAGCCUCCGAUUCUGAUGAUAUAAUCGAAAUUGAUGAUGUAGAAGAUGUUGGGUUGUGUUCUAAAACGAAAUGCGCAAGCAAAUGCCAGCAAAUUUGCAAAAAAACUCCAGUUUAUUUCGAUUUGGAGCCUGCCAAAUGGAUGAAAGUUUACAAAUUGGUUGACUUAUUGGAAAUUUUGAGAACCACCGGAAAUAGGCUUUAUAUGCUUGUAGCAGGAAACACCUCAAGAGGUGUAUAUUUGCUCACUCCUAGUACCACUCCGGAAAUUUACAUCGACGUUACCGAAGUAAAAGAGCUGACUACUUAUACAGUACUAGAUACUAGUUUGAUACUAGGUGGAAAUAUGAAUUUAACUGAUACAAUGAGCCUAUUUAGGAAAAUUGCCAGGAAAAACAGAAAGUUUGUUUAUUUGGACAAAAUGGCUGAUCAUUUGGAUUUGGUUGCACAUGUACCAGUCAGAAAUAUUGGUACUCUUGCGGGCAAUUUAAUGAUCAAGCACGAUCACAACGAAUUCCCUUCGGAUGUGUUUUUGAUACUAGAAACUGUAGCAGCUACUUUAGUAAUUGUUGAUGUCGACGAAAAUGAAAUAAGAGUGUCUCCGCGAGAGUUUUUGAGAAUCGAUAUGAAGAAGAAAGUGAUAAAACAAAUACAUUUACCCGCAUACGGUUCUGAUUAUUAUUACGGAAGUUAUAAGAUCAUGCCGAGAGCUCAACAUGCUCACGCAAUGAUCAACGCAGGAUUUCUUUUGAGAAUCAACAAUUUGGGCCAAGUAAAAUCAGCCCGACUCGUUUAUGGAGCCAUAAAUCCGACAUUCGUGCACGCUUCCAAGACCGAAGCCUUACUAUUGAACAAGCCCUUGUUCAACGACAACGUAUUGCAGCAAAUUUAUCAAUCUCUGGACCAAGAGCUCAAUCCCGAUUGGGUUUUGCCAGAUCCGAGUCCGAGUUUCAGGAAACAGUUAGCGAUCAAUCUUUUUUACAAGUAUGUUUUAAGCAUUGCACCUCCACAAAAAAUAUCAGAAAGAAACAAAAGCGGAGCCACUCUGAUAUCCAGACCAGUUUCUACUGGAACUCAACAAAUUUACAGCAAACAGGAAUUGUAUCCCUUGACUCAGCCUGUUAUAAAAGUAGAAGCUCUGGCACAAGCCUCAGGUGAAGCGGAAUAUUUGCUAGACAUGCCAGACUUGCCGAACCAAUUGCAUUGUGUCUUUGUUAAAGCUCAAGCUAUUGCAGGCUCAACUAUCACCAACCUAGAUCCUGUAAAAGCCUUAAAUAAUCCUGACGUUGUAGCAUUCUAUUCGGCCAAAGAUAUUCCUGGAUUGAACAAUAUCGCUGUAGCAAACCUAAAAAUGCUUGUAGAAGAAAAAUUGUUUUGCAACGAAACUGUGCAGCAUUUUUCUCAGCCAGUGGGUAUUGUAGUAGCCACUAACCUUGAAGCAGCUGAAGCUGCAGCUAAGUUAGUCGAAAUUUCAACAACACCACCCACUAAAAAGCCUCUAUUCACGCUUCAAGAUGUUUUAGCUGCGAAUGAAACGAGCAGAAUCAAGCAUCAUACUAGUUUUGUGGCUAAAUCUAAAGGUACGGAUGUUAAGGCCGUUAUUAAAAGCAAAACUAGCCUUCGUGGCCAAUACCAUUUCCACAUGGAGACUCAAAACUGUGUGGUAAUACCAACGGAAGAUGGGCUCGAUGUUUUUCCUGGCACUCAAUUUAUGAAUGGGAUACAAGGAGCUAUAUCUCAAGUUAUUAAUAUGCCUUCGCAAAAGAUUAAUACGUUUGUGAGGCGUUUAGGAGGCGCAUUUGGAGCCAAGGUAACCAGAAAUGCCUUUGUAUCCAGUGCAGCUGCUCUGGCUGCCUUUAAACUAAACAAGCCAGUCAAAAUGUGGAUGAAUUUCCAAGAUAAUAUGGAUAUUAUUGGCAAAAGAUUCCCAUUUUAUGUUGAAUAUGAAGUUGGAGUUAAUGCUAGUGGAGUUAUCCAAUAUCUUACUGCUAAUUUAUAUACAGAUCUCGGUAUCGGAGGCAAUGAACCACUUGACCAUUUUCUGAUAGAACAAUUUCAAAACUGUUACAUUGUCGACACCUGGACCUUUGAUACUUAUGGAGUGACUACUGAUAAUGCUGCUGCAUGCUAUACCAGAGCCCCGGGUACUGUGGAAGGUCUGGCUGCAAUCGAAACUAUCAUGGACCAUAUCGCAAACACUCUCAAACUGGAUCCGGUAGCUGUGAGAAGGGCUAACAUGAAUGGACCGGCUAAUACUUUGCUGGUGGACUGUUUAGACGACUUGAUUAAAUCUGAUGAUAUUGAAAAAAGGAAGGAGAAUAUUGAACAAUAUAACCAGGCAAACAAAUGGAAAAAGAAAGGUCUCUCAGUAAUCCCAAUGAGAUUCACUUUGCAAGUAGGCCUGAACUACACCACUGUUGUAUCCAUUUACAAUUUAGAUGGUGGCGUUGCUGUAAGUCAUGGCGGUAUUGAAAUGGGACAAGGAAUCAACACAAAAGUGGCUCAAGUUUGUGCCUACAAAUUUGGCAUUCCCAUGGAGAAAGUAUCUGUAAAACCAUCUUAUAAUGUUGUUACAGCUAAUUCGGAUUUGUCCGGUGGUAGUAUUACGUCAGAAUCUGUUGUAUAUGCAUUGAUUCAAGCAUGUGACGUACUAUUAGCUCGCAUCAAACCAAUCAGAGAUAAAAACCCAAAUGCAACUUGGGAGGAACUCAUACAACUUUGCUAUUUGAACUAUGUUUGUCUUAGUGCCAACGGAUUUUACUCUCCCAAUGAACCUGGUAUACAAUCCUAUCCAAUUUUUGCUGUGAUUGCUCUAGAAGUAGAAGUAGACAUUUUGACGGGCAAACACGAAAUCCUCCGUCUGGAUGUUUUGGAAGAUGUGGGCCAAAGUAUGAGCCCCUUGAUCGAUAUAGGGCAACUAGAAGGAGCCCUUGUAAUGGGUUUAGGUUAUUAUUCCACAGAGGAGCUGAUUUUCAAUGAAGAAGGCAAACUCUUAACUAAUCGCCCUUGGAAUUAUAAAGUACCAGGAGCCAAGGACAUCCCUCAGGAUUUCAGAGUGCGAUUUUCAAAUAAGAGUUUGAAUCCCGUAGGUGUGCUGAAGUCAAAAGCUAUUGCCGAACCGCCUAUUUGUUUGACUAUAGCUUUGCCUUUAGCGCUUAGAGCUGCAGUUGCAUCGGCUAGAAAAGAAGCUUCUCCAGGAAAUACUUCUUGGUACCCCAUAGAUGGACCAUCAACUGUUGAAAAUACUUUGCUGAACAGCUUGAGUAAUUAUAAGCAAUUUAGUUUGUAGAUUUUGGUGAUUUUGAUUAAUCCAAAUUGCCCCUGGGUGUAUUUUAUCAUUAUGUAUGAAGCACGAUUUCCAAUGAAUGUGUAAAAACACAUGGAACUUGAAUUCUCUCUAGAAUUUCUAAUAAAUACAUUGUCUGAG